AAGAAAGGAUAUAUAGCACGCAAAAUGGUCGACAAGAAGCAAACAAAGUCCUACAAGAGAGCGCAAAGUACCGCUGGGACCAGGUCCAUUGAGUCCGAGGUCACUUCCGACAGCCAGGCCAGAAACUUGUUGGCCAACCAGCCAAAGUUGACCCCAAAGUCCAAAACUCCGCAAAAGUCGCUCAAGACGGUCAGAAAGGAGCAGAAGGUUAUUCGUUUGUAUGGGAAGAAGAAGGCUCCGCGUGAAUACACCGAAAAGGAGUUGGAUAUCCCUAAGUUGAACAUGGCCGUUAACCCAGGGGUGAUUGUCAAGAAGUCUGGGAAGAAGGGUAAGGUCUUUAUCGCCGACAAUGAUCCGCUCGUCUACACUCGUCUCAUCAGACAGAUCAACGACUCUAGAGACUCCAUCAACGAGUCCAAAUUGGAAAAGUCCAGAAGAUUAGAAGAAAUCAGAGAGUUGAGGAAGCAGGAGAUGGAGAGAAAGGAGCAGGAAAAGGUGGACAAGAUCGAAAACAAAAAGGCCGAAAUCAAGAACAAGGCCAACCUCGCCAGGGCCAACAGAAGAAAGGACAAUAAGGGUAGCGCGGAAGCCGCCAAGCCAAAGAAGAGAGGGGUUUCUUUCGCCUAG